AUGAAGUCCACCACAGAUGUUCGGACCGACAAGCCAUCCGAUGGUUCUCAGCAGGGGGAUCAUGCAUAUGGGUCACAAGUUGUCAUUGAUGCUGCUGUAGAGAAGUCAUACGUUCGGAAGAUGGACUACUGGCUCUUGCCUUUCAUGAGCAUCAUGUACUUCUUCAAUGCGGUCGACCGGAGUAAUCUUGGCAAUGCCGAAACGGAUGGCAUGAGCAAAGACCUGGGCUUCGUGGGAGAGCAGUACUCUCUUCUUAUCCUGCUCUUCUACAUCCCAAAUGGUCUUUGUGAUCUUCCUCUCAAUCUUUUGACCAAAAGAUUCUCUGGACGCAUCAUAUUGCCGGCUCUAAUGGUAGGGUGGGGUGCGAUGGCGCUUUUACAAGCAGCUUGCAAGAACUUUGGCGGCAUGUUAGCCAUUCGCCUUAUCUUGGGGGCCUUUGAGGCAGGUUUCUUUGCCGGUGCCGUUUUCUAUUUGACUCUCUUCUACACCCGUGGUGAACUGGGCUUCCGCAUUGCCAUCUUCUUCGGAAGUGCCCUCUUAGCGUCUGCGUUCUCUGGAUUGAUCUCGUUUGGAGUCUUUCGCAUUCAAGACCCACACGUUCACGGGUGGAUGUGGCUCUUCAUCAUCGAAGGCGCUUUGACAGUUUUAUUCGGCAUCGUCGCUUUCUGGUGGCUUCCAGCCAACGCCCAAACAGCUUGGUUCUUGGACGAUGCUGAGAGAGAAGUCGCAAGUCUCAUCUUGCUAGCGGCGAUCGAUGCACAGGCUCACGUUGGCGUGGCGUACUUUGCGUGCUUCCUGCUAGCUGGUGGGGCUUAUAUCCCGAGUUCUCUGGUGCAUAGUUGGCAUAACAACAAUAACCUCAGUGAGAACUCCCGGGCUGCGACGACAGGCCUUCUCGUUGGUCUCGGUAAUUUAGGAGGCAUUCUGUCAGCAGCAACAUUCCGCACCACCUAUGCGCCUCGUUAUGCGCCAACAUUGAUUGCCACUGCCGGUUGCAAUGUUGUGUGCAUCUUCUUCGUGUUGUGUCUCGGCAUGUGGAUGAGACGAGAGAAUGCGAGGAAGAACAAGGAGCAGGGUAUGACUUUGACGGCCCAGGAUGUGGAGACUCGUGACUUGAGGGAUGGCGAGAAAGACCCGAGAUGGAGAUUCUUCAUUUGA